AUGGAAUGCUGGGUCUUAACAAACUGGUGGUUUUGCAGGCUGAGUAUAUAAGCAGAGUUUGAGGUAGUGGAGCUGUGUUCGCGUGUGAGGGCUAGACGCAAGAAGGCGAUUGGUGGUGUACAGAAUGGAGUGGGGAUCCGUUUUGAUAUUAUUGCUGCUGAGCAGUGUGAUCCUCUUCAGUGAAGGGCACUUGAGCUCAGAUUAUUAUAAAAGCACAUGCCCUAACGUCGAACGGGUUGUGCGCAGCAGCUUGAGAAGAGCGUUUCUGCUAGAUCCAAGUGCUCCAGCUUCUCUGCUUCGCCUCUCCUUCCACGAUUGCCAAGUUGAGAAAUGUGAUGCGUCCAUCUUGUUAGACUCCGUCUCCAAUGACAUCAACGGGGAAAGAGAGUCAGGCGGGAAUUUUGGCAUUCGACGAUUGGAUAUCAUCGACCGAGUGAAGCAAGAUCUCGAAAAGGAGUGCCCGGGGGUCGUAUCCUGCGCUGAUAUCGUAGCCAUGGCUGGUCGAGACGCUGUCUCUUACACAGGUGGGCCUGAAAUUCCCAUUCCGUUGGGCCGCAAGGACGCAACAACUGCAAGCAGCGAAAAUGCUGACGAUCAGCUGCCACCAGCUUCCUCCACCGUCUCCACGAUGCUCCAGGUCUUCUCGCGUUAUGGCAUGACCGCGGCUGAGACCGUCGGUAUUCUGGGAGCGCAUACUCUGGGCAUAGGGCACUGCGUCAAUGUGGUAGACAGAUUGUAUCCCACUCGAGACCCCGCUCUGUCCACAGGACUUUACCUGCAGCUACGCGUUCUGUGCCCCACCAAGGAGCCCCUCAACCUCACCAUACUCCCUAACGACCUCUCAGUCUACAGCUUCGACAACCGCUACUUCAAGGAUGUGCUCGGCGGCCGAGGACUCUUCCGAGCUGAUGCGAAUCUGGUAGGUGACGCUCGUACCAAGCCUUUGGUUGCGAAGUUUGCGUCCGACCAGAGCUUGUUCUUCAAGACCUUUGCCUCGGCGUAUGUGAAGCUGGUGUCCGCCCAAGUGUUGACAGGAAGUCGGGGGGAGGUGCGCACCAACUGCCGACGAGUAAAUGCACAGGACUAGAGUUCACAUGAAUUUUGGGGACGGACGACAAUACCCACUAAAAAUUAGAAGUAAAAUUCAUUGUUCAAGAUUAUUAUAAUUUUUCUCAACGCCAGGAUGAUUUACGAUGAUUAAUAUUUAGGUGAAAUGAUUUGCAGUUAGAUUGCGGCUGUAACUUGCCGACAGGGAGAUUGUGUUUGAUGCAAUGUAAUUGAAACCCACCAUAUUUUGUGUGGCUUCGCCGGAACGACGAUUCAUACCCAAAC